AUGGCGGACAUGCCCCCGGAGAAAAGUCUGGAUGAUUUCUUUGCCAAACGAGAUAAAAAGAAAAAGAAAGAAAAGGGGAAAGGCAAAGAGGCCCCCGCGCCCCCCACCACGAUGCUGCUGAAGAAAACCAAGAAAGACAAGGAGAAAUCUGCCAAGAAUGACAACCCGGACACGCAGAUAGAGAAGGAGGAUGAGGAGUGGAAAGAGUUCGAGCAGAGGGAGGUGGAUUACAGUGGGCUCCGGCUGCAGGCCUUACAGAUCACUGACGAGAAGGAGGAAGAGGAGUAUGAGAAGGAGGAGGUGGGAGAGGAUGGAGAGAUUAUUCUGGUCAGUGGUGAUAAAGUAUCAGGACCAUGGAACAAGUCGGGUGGUGCCCCGCCUUCUGCAGCCCCAGUGGAGGAUGAAGACGAUGAUGAAGAGGUGCCUGAAUCCAAACCUUCUGGAGUAUAUCGGCCCCCAGGAGCCAGAUUGGGCACUGCCAAAAGAACCCCCGCCCAGGGCCCCCCUGAGAUCUUCAGUGAUACACAGUUCCCCUCCCUCCUGGCCACUGCCAAGCACACGGAAACACGCAAGGACCGUGAGAUGGAGAAGACCUUUGAGGUGGUCAAACACAGAACCCGUGGGAGAGAUGAUGCUGGUGGGGCUUCUAUACAGCACUUGCAGCUGGACAACCAGUACGCCAUCCUGGGGGAUAACUUCACCUCUGACGGUUUGGCUACAGAGGAACUGCAUCUGCUGGGGCUGAGCGCAGGGGAGACUCUGACACACUGUGGUCCUGAGGCUCGGGCUCAGAGCUCUGUGUGCGACCAAACUCCUCUCUGGACUCAAACUGGUUUUGCUGAAGCAACAGACGACUGA